AUGCCGAAGACACAGAAUCAGAAUCCGUCCGUUGAGGACGCCGAAAAGACGGACCAGACGAACCUUUCUCCGGACGUUACUCCCGCGGACACCCCCAGCACAGAGAAACCAAAUGUCGAUAAGCAAGAAGACAGUGCGGCUGGCAAGGCAAAUGACAGAUUACAAAGAUUCAAGGCCCUUCAGGCUAGAGCGAAAUCUGCCAAUGAGCGCAACCUGAAAGAAACCGCAGCGGAAACCCAGCGACUUGCUACUGAUCCAAACCUGGCAACCUCACUUGCCCGCAAGCAUGCUUUUGCCUCGCAUAAUCUCCUCAAAGCAGACACAGAAGCGACCGGCGAAGAUUUCGAGCGCAAACGAGCCUGGGAUUGGACGGUUGAUGAAUCCGAGAAAUGGGAUCGACGCAUGGAGAAAAAGCAGCGUCACCGCGACAAUGUUGCUUUCCAAGAUUACACUCAGGACGCCAACAAGGUGUACAAGCGACAAAUGCGAGAGCUUGGCACGAACCUGGAGGCAUAUGAAAAGGAGAAGCUGGCUGCAAUUGAGAAGGCCGCCGCUAAUGGCGACCUUGAAAUUGUGGAGACCGCUGACGGAGAGAUGAUCGCCAUCGAUAAGAAUGGCAGUUUCUACUCGACCGCAGACAGCGUGGGCUUUACCGACAACAAACCGGACCGCGCGGCCGUAGACCGACUUGUUGGUGAUAUUCAAAAGGCCGAAGAAGUGCGUCUGAAGAAACGCAAGGAGCGCCGUGGCGAUGACGAAGCAGAUGUGACAUACAUCAACGAGAAGAACAAGCAGUUCAACCAGAAGCUUGCCCGGUUCUACAACAAGUACACAACCGAGAUUCGGGACAGUUUCGAGCGAGGAACCAUGAUCUAA